AUGAGUAGGAGUCGACGGGGUGCUGGCUCCUUCAGGGCCAAUGGCGCAGCUAUUCCAGACUCGUUAUCCUUGAUCCGAUCAUUCAACAUCGAAACCAAUCCCGCUCGACCUGUACGACCUUCUCCCCUCACAGCUUCGACAAUUCCAGAUAUGCCACUCGACCUUGUUGAUCGCAUACGCUCCUUUCCUCUUUUUGUUUCAGCUCCCGAUUCCUUUCUUGCAGCUAUCGGGAAACAUCUUCGUCCUCAGGUUCAUUCGCCUCACGAUCAUGUAUUGACUGAGGGAGACGAUGCAAAAGCCAUGUACUGGUUAGUACGUGGGGCUGUGGCGGUCACAUCUCGAGACGGAGAAGCUACAUACGCAGAAUUAAAGCCUGGUGCUUUCUUUGGCGAGAUUGGAAUAUUAAUGGAUGUACCCCGGACCGCUACAAUUAUAGCUAGAACAAAAUGCUUGUUGGUGGUGUUGAAGAAGGAAGAUUUGAGAGCUGAGCUUCCAAACUUUCCUGAAAUGGAACAAGCGAUUAUGGAAGAGGCACAGGAACGAUUGACAAUUUUGAACAAGAAAAGAAGGGAGGGCGGAUUUGGCCCAAAACUCGUCUCCACGGAGCUGGUUUCUAGAGGUGGCAAGAUCGCACGAGAAGCUGCGCCAGGAGAAGUUUCUACUGGUGAAGUAGGUGUCAUUGAGAAGGGAGUGGUCAUCAACAAGAAGAAGCGAAAAUCCCCAAGUCCAGGUAUAAUUGAGGAUCCUUCAGCUGGCAGUGCGCUGGGCAGUGGACUGGUCAAUGUCAGGAAAACACUCAAGGAGUUACCUCUAUUUUCAACUUUACCGCCAGAAAUACUUCACUUUCUUGGGUUGAGCGCCACGCCGAAGGCAUACCCACCGUUCACGGAUAUUAUUGUACAAGGUUCAAGUGGCAAUGAAAUCUACUUUAUUGUUAGAGGUGAGGCGGAAGUUAUACAUGAAAGUUCCAAUGGACACGCUGGACUAUCGCCUCAAGGUACAAAUGGAUCAUACAUCCGGCCAAGACUGAAAGCCGGACAAUACUUUGGAGAAGUUGUCAGUUUGUCUUUAGCUCCCCGGAGAACAGCUACUGUACGAUCAAUCACUUCUGUGGAAUGUUUGAUGAUCGGUGGAGAAGUUCUUGAAGAGUUAUGGAGAAGAUGUUCGCCAGAUAUACGGAAACAAGUAGAGCUGACAGCGAAAACUCGAAUUGGAAAACCCGAAGACGAAGAUAUCAUAAUGAGUGAUGCCGAAUCUCCAACUAUCAAUGAUUUAACCAUCAACAACAGUCGACCUAAACACCAAAGAAGGAAAACAUUGCCACAAGUUACAUUCACCCCUUCUAAACCUGCAAGUCCUCAUAAACCUAUUCGUGUUGAGGAUAGUGGGGUGAUGGAACCUAUAGACCCAGAUCCAUUCCUCAGUGUAGAUAUGGACAAUAUGAGGGCGAGAUCGCGAAGAGGUUCUUGGGCACCGCCUGCUCCUGAGACGCCGCCACCAGAUGAUAGAUCUUCUGGCCCAAGAACCAGAUCUAGAUCUCAAACACCCACACCUGCAAAACUAUCACAUGCAAUUACUCCCCCAGAAUCAGCUUUUCGACCAAAACGACCCAAGAUUUUCGAGCGACGUCCAAGUCAGUUUAGUCAGGGAAUAUUACCGGAUGCAAUUUUGAUCCACAUUUUCUCAUAUUUAGACAUCUAUCAAUUGAUGAGAUUACGCCUCGUAUCUCUCCAUUGGUCAACUCUCCUAAGUACCUCACCAAACGUUUGUCAAAAUCUUGAUCUAUCACUCUACAACCGCAAAAUGACCAACAAAGCACUGAUCGAAUGUAUCUGUCCAUUUGUUGGCCGUCGUGCCCGUAGCAUCAACAUCAGCAACUGUUUUCAUAUAACUGACGAGGGAUUUGCUGCAAUUUACACCCAAUGUGGCCCCAAUAUCCAAGUCUGGAAAAUGAAGUCAGCCUGGGACGUAACUGCCAACGCCGUCUUGGAAAUGGCCAACAGCGCUAAAGAGCUCGAAGAAAUAGACCUUUCUAAUUGCCGCAAAGUAUCCGAUAACCUCCUGGCCCGUAUCGUCGGUUGGGUUGUAACCGAGCCAAUUGCUCCUCAAGCCUCUCUUCGUCAAAAAGCUGCAGCUUUCGUCCCACCGGUUGGGACUGUAGUCGGAUGUCCAAAGCUCAAACGUCUCACUUUAUCGUAUUGUAAACAUGUUACAGAUCGAUCGAUGGCGCAUCUGGCUGUUCAUGCACACCAGAGGUUACAGAGUAUUGAUCUGACGAGAUGUACAACAAUUACAGAUAGUGGAUUUCAACAUUGGAGCAUUUAUAAAUUUGCAAAAUUGGAAAAGUUAAUUUUGGCGGAUUGUACUUAUUUGACGGAUAAUGCUAUUGUUUAUUUGACAAAUGCGGCAAAGGGGUUGAAGGAGCUAGAUUUGUCAUUCUGUUGCGCCCUCUCGGACACCGCAACCGAAGUUCUAAGUCUCGGUUGUCCCCAACUCCAAUCCCUCAAACUCUCAUUUUGCGGCUCGGCAGUCUCAGACUCAUCGCUUCGAUCUAUCGGUCUCCAUCUUCUCGAACUCAAGGAACUUUCUGUAAGAGGGUGUGUGAGAGUUACGGGGGUAGGGGUGGAAGCUGUGGUAGAAGGUUGUAGUAAGUUGGAGAUCUUUGACGUUAGUCAGUGUAAAAACCUAAAGGGGUGGCUGGAUGCUGGAGGAAUCGAAAGAUGGAAGUCGAGAUGGAGUCAAAGUGGGAGGAGGGAGACUGUAGGGAGGAGAGGCUUGAGGGGGGCGGUGAUGCCUAGAAAUCUAAGUGUACGGAAGGGAAGGGGAGAUUUGGUAUUUUGGAUUGAGAAGAGGAGUGGACCAGGCGUUGGCUUACGAUGA